GUUUGGAUUCCAAGGCAGGACCGAGUACGUUUCCCUGGCCGGUUGCUGCAGGGUUUCCUCCGCCCUGGACCCAGCGCUGUGGAGAGAGACACGGUGGGCGUGGGCACCAUGAGGCGCCUGGGCUCGGUGCAGCGGAAGAUGCCGUGCGUGUUUGUGACGGAGGUGAAAGCCGAGCCCUCGGCCAAGCGGGAGCAUCAGCCAUUUAAAGUUUUGGCAACUGAAACUCUAAGUGAAAAGGCAUUAGAUGCAGAUGUAUACAGUGCUGUUGCAACAGAAAAAGUGGAUGGAACAUGUUGUUAUGUUACUAACUACAAAGGUCAGCCAUACCUUUGGGCUCGCCUAGAUAGAAAACCUAACAAGCAAGCUGACAAAAGAUUUAAAAAAUUUCUACAUUCAAAAGAAAGCUCAAAAGCGUUUCUUUGGAACACUGAGGAAGAUUUCAAGCCUGUCCCAGAGUGUUGGAUACCAGCAAAGGAAACAGAACAACAGAAUGGGAAACCAGUACCUGAUGAAAAUGGACACAUUCCUGGUUGGGUACCCGUGGAAAAGAACAGCAAACAGUACUGCUGGCAUUCGUCUGUAGUGAACUACGAGUUUGGAAUUGCCCUGGUACUACGGCAUGAUCCCGACAAGCCUGGACUUUUGGAAAUCAGUGCCGUGCCCCUGUCAGAGCUCUUAGAGCAAACCCUGGAGCUGAUCGGAACAAAUAUCAAUGGGAACCCAUAUGGGCUAGGAAGCAAGAAAUAUCCAUUGCACUUUCUUAUACCCCAUGGAGCAUUCCAAGUAAGAAAUGUGCCUACGCUGAAGCACAAUGACUUGCUGUCCUGGUUUGAAGACUGCAGAGAGGGUAAAAUUGAAGGGAUCGUGUGGCACUGCGGUGACGGCUGUUUACUUAAGACUUGUCUGCUUGAUUUCUCACUGGUAUAUGAAAUUCAUUAUGUUCAAAACUGAAUCUGUUCUUCUCACUCCUAGCUCCACAUCAUUCACUGAACUUAGAAACCUGGAUUCAUUGUCUGUAAGCUCUCCCCAUUGCUUCAUGCAUCUGGUUGUUAUCAGUUCUUGAGACGUCUGUUCUUUACACUCAACUAGGUGCUAGUUUUAAUUUAGGCCAAGAGUCUUGCUUGAAUUAUUACUAUAUUGUGAUCCCUAAAACAUUCAUCUUUCAUUUUUAACCCCAUCGUGUUCAUUCUUUACAAAUGAAUGACACUACUUCCUGCAUAAUGCUGCGUGGGUACGUUAAGACUUUCCAUGGUACAGCUCCUUCUUAACUUCCCCUAACUGCUUUCCGUUAUCAUCUGUGAAAACAUGAUUGUGUGUAUUGUGUGACUGUAUACUCCUGGGGAGACAGGAACAUUCCUUUGCCACAGAUAACGCGCUGAGGACAGACCUAAGAAAGGAUUCCAUGCAAGUGGAGCUUAGUGAGCCAGUGAUUUUAUUGGGGUUACUUUCAGGAUGUAGGUGAGGAGCUGCUUACAAGGAGCAUGGCAGACCCAGAGGCAGCAGCAUCAAUCAGAAGCCCUCCCCAGCUUCAGUGAUGGCUCACAAAGGCGGCCUCCUGGGGACCCCCUGCACAUCUUGCAGGGGGCUGGCAGCACCUUUGGUGAAAGGAGAACCUUCUCUCCAGCAGUUGUUAGUGCUCUUGUAACCUUGCAGUGUCUUGGGACUCUCCAGAGCUUUGGGGAUCUUCCUGAGACUUGUGAAGGUUUGCUUCCUUCUGAGUCUUAAGAACUUCCCUCCAGAGAGGAUGUUUUCAUGUGGAGGAAACAGCUACCCAACAAUGUACUAACCAACUGGAGUCCCAGACUCCCCUGCCAUUCUACCACUAAUAUUCCCUUUGGUAAUACUAGAUUCUGGCUCACAGAUUUCUCUUCUUGUAUUCACCAAGACACUUAUAUUCAUUAAAUUUUGGAGGAGCCCUUGAUUAUGUUCCUGGCAUUUUUAAGGUACGGGAAGAGUGAACAAAAUAAUUUCUCUGCCUUCAGGAAGCUCAUAUUCCAAUGGGAAAGAUAGCCAGUACUAUGUCAAGAACAACUAUGGCAUUGAAUUAAAAUAAGAGUAAAUUAAGGUAGACCUUACAUUGUACCUGGCAGGUAGCAGGCACCCAAAGUAAGUAUUUACAAGUAAAUUAAGAUGCUAUUUACAGACUAAAGCUGACGACACUUUUUCCUUCUUACAGGUCCAUCGCCAUCAUCUUGGUUUAUGCUGGCCACUUCCAGACACUUACAUGAAUUCCAAACCAGUUAUUAUUAACAUGAACCUGAACAAAUAUGACUGUGCAUUUGAUAAUGAGUGUU